AUGGCCACCUGCAUCCAUGGACCAGCUGCAUCCUUGGGAAAGGACAUGGAAGAUAAAGGGAACUUUAAUAUUUCUGACAUUAGAAACUCUAUUGACGUGCUACAAAAUGCUAAUUUUGUGCUUUCGAAACUAAAUGAAGACAUACAUAGAAUCAGAGCUACAAAUAAAAUUAAUGAGUAUAAGGCAGAUAUUUUGGAAGCAAAUGCAAAUGAGCUUGAAAAAGAAAGUGAACUCCUAAGAGUUGAAUUAGAAAACUUAAGAAACCAAAUUAAACAGGAAAAAGAAAAAUCUAACGUUGAAAUGGUACAAAUUGAAAAAGAAAGUGAACAUUUAUGUCAACUUUUUUUUCAAGGCAUGAGAUUCGAUUCCGCAGAAUCCGUAGAAGAAGAAACUAGAAAAAUGCGUAUGGAACUUGAAAAACGUCAAAAAGAAUAUUGA